CCCGCCCCACCUGAGCUGGUUCGGCAGGUUUGAGGUGGAGAGGCGGCCAGGAGAGCGCCGCAAUCCCGCAGGGUCCCGGCAGAGCCGCCCCGUGGCCCCCAUGGUCCCUCGCCUCUGCCCGAGGUGAAAGCAGAAAGGACAGGAACUUUGUCCCCUCUGAACACCACAAGUGCAGGCAGCAGCGUUACCAGCCCGUGGACACUCUCAUGGCUGCUGCAGACCCUGUCCUGCCCCCUGAGGAGGUGGCUCUGCUGGAGCUGGGGAAGGUGGCCCUGGACAAGGUGCCACCAGCCCCAGAUGAACACCUGGGGGACCCUGAUGCCACCCUGCCAUGGGACCGGUGUCAGCACAAUGCCCAGGGCCAGCCAGAGCUCGUGGAGACCAAGAGGCGCUCGAGUCCUGAGGGGAGCCAUGAAGACCCAGAGGAAGCUGUUCCCGUAUGCCCCACAGUCGAGGCCGAAGAUGAGGAAGUCCCCCGGCUGCCCGUGAUGGCGGCCCAUGUCUUUGUGCCCAUUGACCCGCAGUGCAUCGAGCAGAGCCCCUUAAAGCAGAAGCAGCACCCCACCCCAUGGCCCCAGGAGGAGAGCAGGGGGGACCGUGUUCCCCACAAUGACAGACCCAGUAGCCUCCACCACAAGCAGGUCUUCCUCCCUCUCGGCCCCUCACGCUACCAGGACCCACUGGGCUUUGAGGGGCGCAUGGCCAAGCCCCUAGUUGAGGGGUCGGGGUGCCCUUGUGCCAGGGACUGUGGCAUUGAUAAUCUCAAGGCUGUGGCAUCAGUGGCAGGGGCUCUGCUCCUCUGCCCUUGCCUCAUCUAUGGGGCCUAUAUCUUCUUGCCCUUCGACGCCCCGCUGCUGCCCACCGUCGCCACCCGCCUGGUCUACACAUUGCGCUGUGCUGCCUUUGCCACCUUCCCCAUCGUGCUGGGAAUGAUUGUCAGCGCCAUCUCCCGCCUCUGCUCCUCGGCCCUGGAGCCCUUUGGAGAGCUGCACCGGGAGGUGGAGAUCCACCGCACUUACGUCUCCCAGUCUGUCCACCUCUUCAUCCUCUACUUCUUCAACAUGGCUGUGCUGGCCACCUACCUCCCACAAGAGCUCCUCAAGCUCAUCCCACUGCUCACAGGGCUCUUUGCCAUCUCCCGGUUGAUUUUCUGGAUGUCAUAUGCCAUCGGCCGCUCUUUCCGUGCCUUCGGCUUCAGCAUGACCUUCCUGCCACUGCUGGCCAUGCUGCUCUGGAACCUGUAUGGCAUGUUUGUCCUGGAGCCCGAGAACCUCCUCUCUGUGGCAGCGCCAACACCCGAGGGCCACUCCAAGGAGAGACAAGCCAAACUCCGGCACUGGGGAUGAGGGCGGCCAGGAGAUGGGGCACCUGGACCCUAAGAGCUUGAACCCUGCUCAGUGCUGUGCCUCAAGAGUACUGACAGCACAGGGGUGCAGGCAGAUCCAGCUGGGCCCCUGCUCCCUGCCUGGACACAGUCAUGUUUUCCUGGGCCCACAGAACCAGGCUGCAAACCCUCUGCACCAGGAGACUCCUGCUGGAAGGUGAAUAAGGUCCAGAGCAUGACACAGCAAGUCCUGGGAAUGGGGUGGGAUUUGCUUCCCCUCCUGCUGGAGCCAUCUUUGCCCAAUA